AUGCUGCAGCUCAAACACCAAAUCAUCGAUGAUGGCGGCAGCGUCCGCGACAACAAAGCCAUCCUAGGGCUCGACCUGCAGAGCGCCUUCGAUAAGGUGAAACACUCGGCGAUUCUGUCCCAAGUCUCCAAGCUCAACAUGGGGGAAAGAUCCUACUACUACAUCAAGGACUUCCUCACGGACAGGAUCGUCGAGCUACGAGCAGGCGACCUACAGACGCAAGAGAAGAAGCUCGGCAGCACCGGAACACCGCAGGGAUCGGUCAUUUCGCCGAUGCUGUUCAACCUGGUAAUGAUCGGAGUGGCCGAAAAGCUCGGGCGCAUCGAUGACGUCAGGCACACCAUCUACGCGGACGAUAUCACGAUAUGGAUGACCGGUGGCAGCGACGCCCACAUCGAGGGCGCGCUGCAAGCCGCCGUCGAUGCAAUAGAAGACCAGCUGGAAGGCACCGGACUGAGAUGUUCGCCGAGCAAAUCGGAGCUUCUCAUACUCCCACCUGCCAAAUACAGCAGAGGCAAGACCAGACAACGCGAAAACGAAAAAAUCAGAAUCGUCACCAAAUCCGGCAACGCGAUCCCCGAGGUCGGCAAAAUUAGGAUCCUAGGCAUGGUCAUCGAAAAGCACGGAAGAAACGGCGAGACCAUCACCCGUGUCAAGGCAAAAGCAGCCAACGCGAUUCGACUCCUCAAACGAGUCACUUCCCGAAAGGCUGGCAUGAGAGAGGAGAGCCUAAUUAGGCUCGUCCAAUCCUUCGUCAUCAGCCACGUCGCGUACGUUGCAGCCUACCACAGAUGGCUGCAACACGAACGAAACAAAAUCAACGUGCUCAUCAGAAGAGCGUACAAGACGGCGCUGGGCCUGUUCGAGUCCACAAGCACGACCCGCUUGUUACAACUCGGGUUACACAAUACGCUCGAAGAAAUAGCCGAAGCGCAACGGACCUCUCAACUGGAGCGGCUGUCCAUGACCAAAGCCGGGAGGAAGAUACUGGACGAUCUGGGAAUUAGACGCUCGAACGAGAUGGAGAUGAAGCUCCCCGUCCCCGAAGAGGUCCGACGCCAGACCAGAAUCGACCCCAUACCGAGGAACAUGAAUCCCGAGUUCAACAAGGGAAGAAGAGCGGCGAGGGCAAAGGCUCUCAUCGACCAGCAUGCCAACGAGGAACACGCGCGGUACGUGGACGCGGCCGAAUACCAACGGAACGCCUUCGCAGCGGUCGUCAUAGAGGCGUCAACCGGCGCCACGAGGACGGCAGCGAGCGUGAGAAGCGCCGAAGCGGAACAAGCGGAGGAGGUAGCCAUCACCCUGGCCAUCGCCGACGCAGACUGCCACACGGUGCUGAGUGACUCACGACAGGUGGUGCGAAACUUCGCCAAAGGGAAAAUCUGCAGGGAGGCUGAGCGCGUACUGCGAGCGGUAAAACUAGACGUACGAAAAGUACGACUCAAGCGGUUCCCGGCGCACGCGGGCGACGCGUCGGAACGCAAUGAGAACCAUAAUGAGACGGUACACGCCGCGGCGCGAGCGCUAACCAACCGCGCCCCGGCGACAGACCAUCCGACGUGGUUCGAAACCAAUGACCGCAUGACGGAUUACAAUGAAAUCACGAAGGCCUACCGCGUGGCUCGCAGGACUCUUCCACCCCCGCACCCGAGACUGAGUCGAGCGGAGGCGGUAGUACUGAGACAGCUCCAGACCGGAUCGCUACCGAGCCCGAAACUGAUGAAUCGCAUGUACCCCGAGACAUAUCCGACAGAUAUGUGCAGAGUCUGCCGGAGGGAGACCGCAGACUACACGCACAUCUUGUGGGACUGCAUUAAAUAUCCAGAGGACGCUAAAUCAAGAACACUCCCACCACGGCUCGAGGCAGCCGCGAAGAGCUACGACCGAGACGAUCAGCUCUGGGCCGUCCAGCAGGUCCUCGAGGCACUCGAAAGGCACGGACCCAGCGAGCCGGCAACGGCGAGCGGAGACCCGCGCCGAGUAACGGCAACUUCGAGGAUGACGUAGGCCCUCGUCGGGGCGCGCGAGCGCCCA